AUGAGCCAGGCCGACUGCACGGAUGAGGUCGAGGCCUGGCUCGUCCGCAACAACUUCACGGAGCCCCAGCGCGCGCACCUGCUGCGGCAGGUCGACGCGUUGAGUGACUUCAGCGAAGCCGUCGACGAGGACAUCCCGGCCAUCACGGAGGGCUGGAGCAGCCUCGCGCGGUCCAAGCUCCGGCGCUGUGUGGUGGUGUUGUGUAGGGCGCGCGGCUGGGAGUGCAAGCUCGCGGCCGCGGCGCCGGCGCCCGCGCCAGUCGCCGCGCCAGCAGCGCGGCCGGCGGCCGAUGCGCCCGCGCAACCCGCUCCGAGGCCGGCGCCGCUCGCGCCCGCGCCAGUCGCAGCGCCAGCAGCACGGCCGGCGGCCGAUGCGCCCGCGCAACCCGCUCCGAGGCCGGCGCCGCUCGCGCCCGCGCCAGUCGCCGCGCCAGCAGCACGGCCGGCGGCCGAUGCGCCCGCGCAACCCGCUCCGAGGCCGGCGCCGCUCGCGCCCGCGCCAGUCGCAGCGCCAGCAGCACGGCCGGCGGCCGAUGCGCCCGCGCAACCCGCUCCGAGGCCGGCGCCGCUCGCGCCCGCGCCAGUCGCCGCGCCAACAGCGCGGCCGGCGGCCGAUGCGCCCGCGCAACCCGCUCCGAGGCCGGCGCCGCUCGCGCCCGCGCCAGUCGCCGCGCCAGCAGCGCCGCCGGCGGCCGCUGCGCCCGCGUUGCUCGCUCCGAGGCCGGCGCAGCGCGUCAUCGACAUGACCAAGGAGGAGAGUAGCGACGACGACGCCGGCGCUCUUGCCACGGGACCCGGCGCCCCUCCCGGCGCGGGGCCGCUGCACGUUGGCUUCGGUCUCGGUUCCUAUGCUGCGGGUUCUCCUAUGACUCGCAGCGCGGCGAACCAUCACCAAGUCUACAGUGCCUUUUUGCAAAAAGCGGAAGGAUACGUCCCGGAGGAAUCUCGUAACGAUCGGUGGACGGAGGUCAUCCCCUUACGAAACCUAAGGGCACUCUCGGACCGGUCAGCUUCGGCCUCCGUUGUGGUUCGCAUCGGCCUCACGAACGGCGGGCGCCCGGAGGAGGGGGAUUGGUCCGAACGGGUGUUCCACGGCACAGACAUGGAAAACGUCCCACAGAUUGUGGGGGGCGGCGGCAUCGACCCAAGCCCGGCAGCGAACCGUAGUGUACACGGCGCCGGGGUCUACACGACGCCCGCGCUCCCGCUCGCGCUCAACUACGCCUUAACGCAUCACGGACUAGCUGCUGGCCCGGAUCGCGGCGUCGACGUCGGCGGCAAGCUCUACGACGUUGCCGCUGUCUUCGAGUGCGAGCUGGCUCAGAAUUUCAAAGCCUGCCCCAGCACGUGGCCAGAGGUACACUACGCGUUUUCCAAAGAGGAAAUCGCGACGCUCGAGUGGGUCGUUCCCGCGGCGGCCGACUGCCACGUCACGAACGCGCUUUUCUUCUUCGUUGAGAGACCGCGGGACGACCGCACCACGCGGACCCAUAAGAGAAGCAAAGCCCGCGACGCCGAGGAGCGCUUAGGGGAGUCUCCAAGCAAGAGCGUCAAGCGGCGGCGCGGCGGCUGAGAAGCAGUAUUGCUUAAGUAUGUGUGACACG